AAUAUUGGCCACUAGAGUUCACUGUCCUCAAUAACUCGUGCAUGAUCGAGUGGCAGCGCGCUCAGUCCAAUACAUGUUGGACCCGACCAUCAUCUGAACAAAUGUUAAUCAUUUAUACACGGCCACCAGGACAAAAAUGACCAACAACAACAACAACAACAAUAAAAAGAAUGCGAGCAAAAAAUUUAAAUUUGAAAUUGGUGAAAAAGUUCUCUGCUAUCAAGAUAAACAUAUCUACGAAGCUAAAUGUGUUAGCAUACGAAAAUCAAAUACAAUAAUUGAAUAUCUAAUACAUUAUCGGGGUUGGAAGCCCAAAUACGAUGAAUGGGUGUUGCCAGAUCGAAUUCUUAAAUAUACACAGGAUAACCUUAAACUUCAACAAAAAUUACGACAAUCCAAUAAGAAAAGUCAUAAGAAAAAAUCGAAAAAAACUGAACACCAUAAAACGAACACGAAAGAAUCGAAGAAAAAAUCAACGAAAAAAGAUGAGUUGAAAAAAUCCACUAGCAUCGAUAAUACAAACAAUUCUGUAAAUCACAAUUAUAAAAAUUUAAAUUCAAAUGACAUCGAAGUUCCCGUAUACAUUGAAAAACAGGAAGAUUUUCUCAAUAAACGUGAAGUAAAGAUUCGUAUACCUGAAGAUUUGAAAACCAUUUUGACCGACGAUUGGGAAUUGAUUAUCAAUCAGAAAAAAUUGGUACAUCUUCCAUUCAAGUUGAACAUUGACAAAAUAUUAAAUGAUUAUUAUUUCAACAAGUCGCAGGCGGCAAAAUUACCCUCAAAUCAUACGCUCGAUGGUUACAUCGAUUUCCUAAACGCUAUAAGACGAUAUUUUAAUUUUUUCGACAAAUGCCUACUAUAUCCAUCGGAAAAACAGCAAAUGGAAUAUUUGAUUAAAAAUUAUGAUGAAUUUUCCAAGACAGCCAAAUCCGAUCCCUCCAAUAGCAAAGAUUCGAAACGUUUAUUGAAAAAAUUUCGAAAAGCUACACCGAAAUCUGGAAACAAUCGUUUUCCAUCCUCAUCGAAUCGAACAAAUGAAAGUGAAAACAACAAUCAAAUUUGUAUUAAAUCUUCUCGUCUACCAUUGUUGUUCAAUGAUCAAAAUAGUCAAACUAGUGAAACAUCGGAUAGUUGUAGUACGAGUACUGAAGUAUCCAGUACCGAACUACAACAAUGUCAACAACAGAAUAAAUUGGAUUCAGCCACAAUGAUGAACAUGAAUGAUAAACGAAUCGAUUUUACCAAACUUUAUGGUGCUGUUCAUCUAUUGCGAUUGUUUACUAAAUUGGGACAAUUCCUCUUUUACACUGAUCUCAAUUCGGAACGUAUAAAUCUAGUGAAUAGCUAUAUUUAUGAUUUUCUAAAAUAUCUUAGUAAAAAUCUUUGGCUUUUUGCCAAUGAAUCAGAUACGUCAUACAUUGAUUCAUUUUUACUUGACAGAAAUACUAGAUGA